AACAUUUAGUACUACCGUGCGAUAAAAAUUCAUAGAGCCUGUUGGCAAUUCUGGAUUUUUAGUUGAAAUAGCUGUGUUUUUAUAAAUAUUUGGGUCGGAGGAAGGAAUGAAAUUCAAAGGCGGCAAAUUUCGACAUUUGUGCCUACAUUGGCCAGAAGGGGUCACCACUAGUUGUGACUGUCAAAAACGUCGAAGCCAAAACCUGCAAAAGUGAGGUUAGGUUUAUGUUUAUUUUUAAUAACACAAGUAAUUCGAGUUCAUUUACGCUAAGUACACCCUGUCGAAAUGGAUCUGUGGAACAUUAAAGAUUUGGAGCCACCCCCAGUCACCAGGUGUAAAGCUUGCACAAAGCAAAUCGAUGUCCGCCUCCUGCAUGCUGUUCUGCAAGAAGGAGUCAACUUUUUCUCAAACCAACACCACUUAUUCACCGAAGCCGCUUUACUCUCACGCUCAGUCUACCGUUUCAAGAUGAAAUUUCGUUCCUCCAAGGAUUUCAAAAUUGUGCAAAAACUCAACCACAUUCUACGGACUUACCAGAAAAUGCAUAUUUCGGCGGCGUUGAACGUGCUGUUGGUCACAAUUCCUCACAAUUACAAAGCCAACAACACUUACAUGUUAACAAAAAACAUGUUGGAUUAUGUUUUAGUGCGCCUACAAGGAGUGAGAAAGCUGUUGUGCACAACUUUGGAAGCUUGUAAGGAGGUUUCAGCUGCCAUGCAGCAGAGAUUAAGACUUGGCCAUUUUUGGAAAGUCGCUAUUGUUAUUUUUGCCACAGCUGCCAGGGUUUAUGUGGUGGCUAAAAAUGCCUUGAAGUAUAGUUAUGAGCUGUAUGAAAAUUUGCUGGCGUACUCGUCGAGUUUGGGUAACUCUGGUGUUCAGUGGUUGCCAGAAGGGUACACUUUUCCUGGUCACAAUUGA